AGUCAAAAUAUGGGAUAUCAUUCAAUACGGACAACCACGUGGUUUCUAUACAUAUAAAGAGAAACACAACUUCACAUGAUAACGAGUAACACACUGUGUAUGUCCGCCAUGUCGCACCUCAGUAAUGAUACUGAUGAGAAUCGCUCUUUACUUGGUAGAGGAAAUCAAGCCUCGGUUAAUAUUGGGUCUUACGAUGAUUCCAGAGACCAAUAUGAACCACCAACAAAGAACCGGCCUUUAAUAUCACCGACCAUUCGGAACGUCAUAAUAGCCGUCCUUAACGUUAUCACCAAUGUAAUGAUGAACGUUUCCCUCCCAGUCUAUGCUGAUACAAUGAAUCAAGUUGGAGGAGGUAGUUUUGUUCUGCUUAUCAACACAAGUUUCACGGUUUCAAUUUUAUUUGCUGUGUUGACCCUCCUUGUGAAAUAUACCAAGAUCGAUCCAAAUGCCAGUUUGAAACCAAAGUCAUCAUGGAAAGUUCUUAUAGCUAUGGGUUUAUUCACCACGCUAAAUGGUAUACUGGUUGUGAAUGCGAGUCCCUCGGAUAGGACGCCUCCCUAUCUUCAGGGGAUAUUAGCAUCGACAGUCAUUCCAUAUACAGUUGUGUGUCGUCUCAUCAUCCUUCGGAAAGGUAUAAGUACUGUCAAGGCGUUAUGUACGUGUGUGGUCUUGGUAGGACUGUUCGUAAGCACUGAACCACAAACGUUCGGACUAGACGGAUCUGGAAACGGCGACACUGGAUCGUCACCGUCAGUCCUGAAGAGAAUCCUUUGGCCCCUUUGCUUUGCCAUUGGUUUCCUACCUAUGGGUCUGAGUAAUGUGUUUUGCGAAAAGGAAUUAAAGAAAGAUGAGGGCGAGUCUCUGGGCUUCAUAACAUGGACCAAUAUAUUCCAAUUCGUCACCAUGGUAUUUUUCUUCUGGACUGAUUUUGUGCCAGGAUUUGGAAUGACCGAUUCAGCUUCUCAAUUCUUCACGAAGUUCGGGAAAGGAUUUUCCUGUCUAUUCAGUUCAGCCAGUUCUUGCCACGGACUAGCUGGAAAAGCCUGGAUAUUUAAUAUUGGUUAUGUAUUCGGAAACCUGUUUCAGUUUUUACUGAUUCAGUACGCGGAAGGGUCCGUGUUCGCGGUCAUCGUACAGGCUAUCAUCACUCCAGCAGCAACUAUUUUCUGGACACUGUUUCACUAUGACGAUGCCACAGAUAUUCUGAGCUGGAGUCCAGUGAUGAACUCAACAACAGGCUUCACUUUAGCAGGACUAGCCAUAAUAGUACCGGGAGUGUUUCUCUAUAAUUAUUUCAGUAGGAAGGAAUCGCAAGAAGCUGCACAAGGUGUAGAUAAUUCUUAACAAUCCAGAGUGUUUGUUAUGUGAUCAUAACUGGAAAAAAGAAACAUCUUCAAAAGGACAACCAACAAAGUUGAUAUUAUUAUAUACAUUUUACAUUCAACAGAACAAGAUAUACAAUUAACAACCAUGUAAACCUUGUUGUUCAUUUUGAAAAUAUAUUUCAGUUUUGACAAAAAUGAACCAAUCAACGGGCUCGGGGGAAUUAACUUCUGGACUUUUAGGGAAAAUAUAGGAACAGUUUCCGUGAAAUUCGUCGUAUCAAAACACAAGAACUUAGCACAAACUCCUAGCCCAUGGUCAACAUAUAUAUAUAUAUAUCAUAGUAACUUCCAAAACCGAACAAACCGGUGCAAAUGGUGAAAGAAAUAUAAAUAAAAACAAAAGUUUUUGGUGCAGGUGUUGAAAGGCAUUAACACAUCACUUGAUAACUAUACUAAGGGUACUGAUAUUUGACAACAGGGACCAUGUGGGUUAGGCUAUCACAUCCCGUAGUUGAACUGAAUGAUUUUUUUUGGGG